AAAUGACUGCGGAAAGCCACUCUGCUCAUCAUCAUAGAGUUCCUUCACAUCCUAGACAUCGCUCUCCGCUACCUCGUGAACGUGAAGAUUUGCAUCAUCAGAUUGAACGAAAUCGUGUGUCCAGACAUGGUUCAGAAGAAUUGGAAGCUCUACAAAAAAGACUAGCUGAACUGGAAUCUCGACAAAGAUCGCAAGAAGAAGUUCCCCGACAUGUCUCGACGUCGGGUAAUAUUGUCAUUGAAGCUGAUUCACCUUUAGCACCAGAACUUACAAGGGAUAUGCUACCUGCUAAAAUCAAGAUUCCACAAAUCGGUAUGUAUGAUGGUGCUUCUGAUCCCGAUACACAUUUAGGACUCUACACGUCAUGGAUGGACUUACAUGGUGCAACCGAUGCUUUACGAUGUCGCAUGUUCUCACUUACAUUAGGGCCACGAGCGCAAAAAUGGUAUUAUACUUUGCCCCCUCAUUCUAUUUGGCGAUGGCAACAGUUACGUUCUGCUUUUCGAACAUAUUUUAUCGGUGCCCAAGUUUGUCUUAUCCCGAAAGAGUCAAUCACUAAUAUUGUACAAAAAGAUGAUGAAACAGUGAAAGAUUAUGUAUCUCGUUUUAAUGAUCGAAUUCAAAACAUGGAGCCUUGUCAUCCUGAAACCUUGCUGGUAACUGCAAUUGCUGGAUUAAAGCCCAAUUCUAUGUUUCGUUGGACCCUUUGUCAGAAUAAGCCGGCUACCUUUCAAGAAUUUCUUGUGCGAGCUCAACAGUAUAUUAUAGCAGAAGAAUCGAUGUCGGUUCCUACUUUUGAUUUCCCGGAUAAACACGAAAAAUUAGAUUCGGAAGGGAAAAAGAAGAACAAGAAAAAUUUUGGUAAAAAUCAAUAUCGGGGAUAUUCAAAACGGCUUGAAAAAACUCCAGAAUCACGAGCUGCCCGAGAUCAAUAUGUUAACAAUAUGAGAACAGGUUAUCACACAGUUUAUUCAGUCGGGGAAGCCACUAUUUUUGAAGAACUAAAAGGAAAAGGAAUUAUCCCAGAUCCAAAACCUGUGAGAACAUCUGAAGAUAAACUUGACAAAUCUCGUUAUUGCGCAUAUCAUAAGUCACCAGGACAUAAUACCGACGAGUGUUUUGAUCUUUUAUCAUCCCUUUUACGUCUAAUCGGACAACCUCAACUUCAAAAAUUCAGAAGGUCUGACACUCGCCGUAAGGGAAGGCCUGCCGAUAUCUCAGAUGAUGAAGAUGAAGAUGAUCGAGACAAUAAUCUGAAACGAAUUCGUACGAAUGACAAGGAAGUUUUCACAUUUUCUACUCUUAAUGAUGGAGAGUGUAAAAAGUUUAAGGCACAUGAUGUACCGAUAUCUUCACAGUGCAUUCCACGAAUAAAUGCAAACACCAAACAACUUGAUACAUCUCGGAGAAAAGCUAAAGCCUAUGCUCGACAAGCACAGAAUGCUGGAAAACAAGUCAUGAAUGUUGAUCUUCGGGAUGUCAUCAACAAGCGAAAUUGUCCAAUCACCUUCACUAUUGAUGACGCUAAUAUGGUUGCCCACCCGCACUCUGAUCCUCUUGUUAUCACGACUCCAAUUGGAGGAAUUCCUGUUCACCGAAUUCUAGUUGACACCGGGGCUUAUUCGAGGAUUCUAAUGUUCCAUACUUUCAAGAAAAUGGGCUUGGAUCCUGCCGACAUUAGACCAUGCAAUGAUCAGAUACAAGGUUUUAAUGGGA